AUGGCGAACGAAGGGUCUUCUUCUUUCUUUCCGGCGCCGGGGUUCAAGUUCACAGAGAUCAGUAGGCAAGUGAAAAAGACCUUCAAGCCCUCCUCCAAUGGGGCCACCUUCCUUCCCCGCCUCCUCCGAAUCUCCGUCGUCGACGGCGACGCCACCGACUCCUCUUCCGACGAGGAAGACGAAUUCUUCCCCUCCCAUCGCUGCCGCCGCGUUAAGCGAUACGUCCAAGAGAUUACCGUGGAGGAAGUCUCCCAAGUCUCCCUGAGAGCCACCACCACCGCCUUCGCCGGCGGUAAGGCCAAGCUCUGCGAGGCCGAGAAGCCGGCAGCGCCGCCGAAGAGGUACCGAGGGGUCCGGCAGCGGCCGUGGGGGAAGUGGGCCGCCGAGAUUCGCGAUCCGUCGACGAAGACGCGCAUCUGGUUGGGCACAUUCGACACGGCGGAGGCAGCCGCCAUGGCCUACGACCGCGCCGCUGUGAAGCUCCGCGGCGCCGACGCCCUCUGCAACCUCCCCAACUCCGGCGAGGAGCCCCUCGUCGAUGCCUCCUCAUCUCCAAAGUCAGUGCUCUGGUAUGCCUCCAAGGGUGAGGAGGAGCAGAAGAAGAGGAACCUCCCAAGGGACCGAGAGUCCCCGGCGACGAAGAGAACCAAGGCGGCGGAGGAGGAGGAGGAGGUGGUGGGCAGGCCGCGCAACCCGAUUUUCGAGGAUCUGGAGAUUGGGUUGAGCAAGGACUUGGAGGCGCUGCUGCUGCCGUUGAACGAUCCGCCGCCGAUGGACUUCUCGCCGGCGGCACCGCCUCCGCCGGGGUUUCCCUUCGCGGAGAUGGACGACUACGAGAGCGUCGCCGUGGAGGCGGAGGAGCCCCUUCAGCUGACAGUGGAUUCCACGUGGCAGGUGGAGGAGGAAUUCGGAGAUCUCGCGGACAUUGACGAGUUCUUCAAUUCCGAUGGCCAGGACAGCUCCUGA